AUGAGGUUCUUUAGCCUAUGGUAUUUGCUCUCCUUAGCGCUGCUUAUCGUUGCUGAUGUGACUAUUGAUACAGAAGAGGCAGGAAAGAUCAUUUCGUCCUCAGGACAUACUAACAACUGGGCUGUUUUAGUAUCGACUUCCCGAUUCUGGUUCAACUACAGACACAUGGCAAACACCUUGAGUUUGUAUAGAACAGUGAAACGCUUAGGUAUUCCAGACUCUCAAAUCAUUUUAAUGUUGGCCGACGAUGUUGCGUGUAAUCCUAGAAAUGCGUUUCCCGGAACUGUUUUCAAUAAUAUGGACCAAGCUAUUGAUCUAUAUGGAGAUGAUAUCGAGGUCGACUACAGAGGAUAUGAGGUGACAGUUGAAAACUUCAUUCGUUUGCUUACAGACAGGUGGGACGAAAAUCACCCCCGGAGCAAGAGGCUUCUCACAGACGAAAACUCCAAUAUUUUCAUUUACUUGACAGGUCAUGGCGGUAAUGAGUUCUUGAAGUUCCAAGACGCAGAGGAGAUUGGCUCGUACGACUUGGCAGACGCGUUCGAACAGAUGCAUGAGAAAAAGAGAUACAAGGAGAUAUUUUUUAUGAUUGAUACCUGUCAGGCCAAUACCAUGUACGAAAGGUUCUACUCGCCGAAUAUUUUGGCAGUAGGUUCGUCUCGUAUAGAAGAGUCUUCCUACUCCCAUCACUCCGACUUAGAUAUUGGUGUUGCGGUGAUUGACCGCUUUACUUACUACACUUUGGACUUUUUGGAGAAGAUUGAUAAGAAUUCCAUGGUUACUAUGGACAAGUUGUUUGCCGAAUACCCCAUUCGAAAACAUUCAUUCGCAUCCAGGGAAUACGUACAGAUCUUUUCAAGAGAGAUUUGA